CAGAGCCACGUGCUGAGUGAGAAGUCCUGUUUCAACAUCUUUCCUAGUCCUGGGACACCUGUCUUCCCUUUCUCACCGGUUUGGGCGAAUGCAGAUGAAGUUAGGUGGUUGGACCCAUUGUGGCAAAUUCUGUCAUUUUGUUAGUCUUGGUCCUUACAAUUCCUUAUGUGUUUAGUACUGGGCGUCUUUAUGGGGAAUUACCAAUUUUUAGUUGUGAUGGAAGAUAUUUUCUGAUGGAAGCUGUACUAGUCUUUUUGGUAAUAGGUUGAGUAUGAGGAAGGUUUUUUAAGAAUACUGGUUUGUUUUGUUUGCAAAGCAGCAUUAACCUGGAAAUAUAGUGAACUGCUGAGAAGAUGUAAUGGCUUGCUUCUUGGUUGACGUCUGAGUGCUGGGACUCAGCAGCGUGCUGGCUGUGUGCUGCAGCGGCCAGAAGAAGAUGGCCACCCCUUACGUCCCGGUUCCCAUGCCGCUGGGAAACUCCGCUCCCAGUUUCUCAGCCAACAGGAAUCAGAGAAGUUCUUCUUUUGGCAGUAUCUCAACAAGUUCAAGUUCUUCCAAAGGCCAGACAGAAGACACGAAUAUGGGUAAUUUCAGACAGACAACUCUUCCUGAUGAAAUGGACAGUACUCCAUCUGUCUGUCGGAGUCCCCUCAUUAAGACUAAAUUUACAGGUGCAGAGUCUUCCAUUGAAUAUUCUGCUCGACCUAAAGAAACUGAAGAACAAAAUCCUGAAACAGUGAAUUGGGAAGAGAGACCAUCCACUCCAACUAUCCUGGGUUACGAGGUGAUGGAAGAAAGAGCUAAAUUUACUGUGUAUAAAAUACUAGUAAAGAAAACUGCAGAAGAAAGCUGGGUGGUUUUCAGAAGAUACACUGACUUCUCUAGGCUUAAUGACAAAUUAAAAGAAAUGUUUCCAGGCUUUCGAUUAGCACUUCCACCGAAGCGCUGGUUUAAGAAUAACUACAGUGCUGACUUUUUAGAAGAUAGACAAUUAGGAUUACAAGCAUUUCUUCAAAAUUUGGUAGCUCACAAGGACAUUGCUAACUGCCUUGCAGUGAGAGAAUUUCUUUGUCUGGAUGACCCCCCAGGUCCAUUUGAUAGCCUAGAAGAAAGCAGGGCUUUCUGUGAAACUUUAGAAGAGACUAACUACCAUUUACAGAAAGAACUACUUGAGAAACAGAAGGAGAUAGAGUCGCUGAGGAAACUGGUCCAUGAGCAGCAGCUUCACAUAGACACGCUAGCAAGCAGGGUCAGAACUUUGUCUCUAGACCAUGAAAAGUCACUGCUGUACCUUUCAACAACAGAAGGCAGUCAGAUCCUGAAGCUGGAGGCCUCUGCAUUGAAGGGUGGUCAGGAUGCCUUAGAUGAAGAGCCUAGAGCUGGCAGUAAGCCGAGCUUAACUCUUGGUCAGCCUGACAGUGCAGUAUCAGAGAUAGAAGUGGCGGAAGUGGCGUACAACGCUGCAGAGGACUGAGGUCA